AUGUUGAAGGAAAGCAUUCAAGGCAAAGAGGAUAUAGCGUUAAACAGGUGUAAUGAUAAAUAUUGGAUUGAUUCAAAUGUUAAGACACAACUAAUGGCGAAUGAGGUUUCCUCGAUUAGGAUAUGGCGCACAUUGCAAAUUGUGGAAACAUACAUGGGCGAUUCUGCUUUAGACGAUGGUAAAGUUCACGGAUCUUUAGCAAGAGCUGGUAAGGUUAAGUCUCAGACUCCAAAGGUUGAGAAGACUGAAAAGCCAAAGAAGCCUAAGGGAAGAGCAUACAAGAGACUUCUAUACACCAGAAGAUUUGUCAAUGUUGCAGCUACUCCAAAUGGAAAGAGAAAGAUGAACUCUAAUGCUGCUUAA